AUGGCGGCACAAGCGAAUCAGCAGCAGCAGGAUGUGCUGCCGCCGUGGCUGCAGCAUAUUCCCGGCGAGGACGAACCACCGCACGAUGCCACAGUCCCGGUUGUGGUGGCGGAGGUGAAGCCUGCACUUGCGAAUAAGUUAAUAAAGCAGCUGGCAUCAGUGGCACCCCUGCGGGAUUUUCACCACGUGAAGAGAGUUCGACGGACAGGGGAAGGCCGAGCCGUCUCGCUGCACGUCGUGCUGACACCUGGCAGCGAUCCAUUGGCUCUCCCCGAGCCACUGCAGCAGCUGGUGUCACAGCACGGGCUGGAGCCCGUUGUAACUCGGGUGCCGGCUCACGCCCCUCGCACCAAGGAGCGGUGGCAGCAGCAGCAGUCAGUCUGGCCCACGUCCUUCCACCCACCGCUGCCUGGCAGUGGCGCUGCUGCUCCCCCCACCACUAUCACACCGGCUACAGCCACAUACAUCCAGCAGUGCUUCCAUGUGAUUGUAGAGAAGGCGGUAAAUGCAUGCAUCUUCUGGCAUUUCUUUCUCUCCCUUUCUUUUUCCCCAUCGCUUUUCCUUCCAAAACCCUCCCUCCCUCCCUCCUCUCCCCUUUCCGUUCUACAUCUCUUCCCACUCAUCCCGAUUCAUCUCCCUCCAACUCAUCCCGUUCUCUCUUCCACUUCCCCCCUAUCCUCUCCCCCUCACCCCGUUGCCUCUCCCUCUGGCCCCCAUUCUUGCUAUUUCUCGCCGUCUCUUUUUCAGGGGUUCAAUAUGGCUGUAAUAGCUGACCCUAGCAAUGGGCAAAUUCUGGCUUCUGCGCAAAACCCCUCCGCGUCCACCAUUCAGCGAAUGAAGAAGAUGAGAAAGGCGCACUGCACAGCAGCCGAGACAACAAGAACCACAGAAGCCACAGCAACACCUGCAACCACAGCAGCAGUUGCAACACCAACGACAGCAACGUCAACAACAAUAACAAAAUCACCAUGCAAACAAGCCGCGAAGAACUGCAAUCCAUGUGCAAGCAUGGGAAGAAGCAUGUGCAGCAAUCCAUAUGCAAGCACCUAUGGCAGGAAGAAGAAAUCUGCACAUGGGAGGUUGGGUCACCCUCUGGGGCAUGCGGUGAUGUCUGCGAUUGCUGCUGCUGCCGCCCGGGAUAGGGCACUGUUCCCCAGUGAGGCAGCACAGGACAAAACACUGUUCAUGGAUGGUGGUGGGGAGGGGUCAAGGGGGAGUUUUCUAGGGAGGGAUGGUUCUGAGGCAGCAGAGCGGGAAGAGACGGAGAGAGAAGGGGAGCAGGGGGAAGGGGAGCAGAGAGAAGAGGAGCAACAGCAAGGAGAGAAGCAAAGAGGCAACCUAGAGGUGGAAGGGGACGAGGUGAGGAGGGAAGCGGGCGUGGAAGUGAAGGGAGAUGGCAAGUCGCCUCCUUUGAAAAGGCAAAAGGGCAAUAAUGUCCAGACGCCAAGUGAAGCAGCGCACUCAGCUGUCCCUCCAAAUGCACCUCCGUGCGCUGCUGUCCGCCCGUACCUCUGCACAGGCUUCGAUGCCUUCAUGCUGCAUGAGCCAUGCAUCAUGUGUGCAAUGGCGUUGGUGCAUCAGCGGGUGCGCCGAGUAUUCUACGCCAUUCCAAACUUGCAGGGAGGAGCGCUGGGCAGCUGCUGGAAGCUGCAUGGAGUGAAGUCCCUCAACCACCACUACGAGGUGUUCAGGGUGGGCUUGGAGCGCUGGGCAGCUGCUGGAAGCUGCAUGGAGUAA